UAUUUUAUUGUAAAUCUUGAUACUCAGAUUCUUACAUAAUUUUCAUAUAAGUAUAAAAAGAUUAUUUUUGAUAUAUCAAUCCGACUUAUCUGUGUAAUUGACGUUGAAUUGUAGAAACAAUGAAAAGCCUAUUCUCUUUAAUAAAUCCUAUUAAAAAAACUAAAGAUAUACACGAUGAAAAAGCCAAUGAAAUAAAAACUUACCCUAAAAAAUCGAUUCAAGAUAAUAAGAAGAAAAUUACUAAUAGGUAUCAAGAGAUGAUUAAGAACGACAAGAAAUUAAUUGCAAAGCCUGAAGGUACAUAUUAUUAAACCAAUGGAAUUAAGAUUAAAAUAUGGCAGUUGUUUAUCAUGUUAUAGAGUAUUAAAUGUUGGAGAUUGGUGCAAAGUUUGUGAAACCAGAAAAUUUGAACAAAAUUUUAAAAAUUGGACAAGCGGAUAUCCAAAAAUUGAUCAGUUGAUUCGAGAAAGUCAAUUAAAUGCAAUAGAUGGUUUAGACUAUUUUGAAUGGAUUGAUUAUGAGGAAAUCAUGAAUGUUGAGUAUAUUACCGAAGGUGCAUUUGGUAAAAUAUUUAAAGGUAAAUGGACUAGGGGUCCUAAGCACCAACUUCAUAGUGUAAGUCGAGAUUGGACAAAUGUUCCUGAUACAACUGUAGCUUUAAAAGAAAUUAAGAGUAUCGACUGGAAAAAUAUCCCUAGUAAAAGUGAAAACGCUUCACUAGAAAUGGGUGAAGAUGAAAAAGAAUUUAAUCAAUUUUUAAAUGAGGUAAAAGUUCGAAAUUUGUCGUUUCUAUUUUAUAUUACGAUUUUAUAAUAAUAUUGAAUAGGUUCAAAAUCACCAAAAAUUCUUACGUAAUGAUGAAAAUCAUGUACUACGAUGUUUUGGAAUUACGAAAUCU